AUGCCUCCUAAAGCGCCUUCGACCCAAUUCCGAAUCUUCGCCCUCCCCCUCGUCCGUCUUCCCCGACCCGCAUCCAAAACCCUUCCAGCGGGAACACAAGCGAAACUCCCCAACCCUUUACUCCUCUUCCACGUCUCGCAGCCACCACCGCCCGUCCCCACGCCUGUAGAUACUACCAAUACCUCUCCCGCUGCCACCAAGCCCAUAACGCCUCCCGUCGAGGCCACGCCAUUACAUCAGCGUGCGCUCAACAAGGCGACAGAGCAGUGGUUGAAGCUUGGAGAUAAACCGAAGGAUGGGUGGAUGUACUGGUUCUAUGCGAAGGGGGAGGGUUUGAUGGAUAAGAUUGAGUAUGAGGAGUGGGCGUUGAAGGGAAUACAGGAGGGGCUGGGGGUGAAGGUCGCGAAGGAGGGAGAGGUGCAGGAGAAGGCCGAGAUCCCCCUGCUUUACCCAGCACUCAAAGACCAACCUCUCCCCGCCUUAAUACCGAAACUCCACCGCCUCCUCGCCCACCGCGCACCCUACCACAGAAAGAUGAUGACCCGGUCUCUCAUUCUUGUACCCUUCACCUGGCCAUUCGCCAUCAUCCCCGUCCUCCCCAACUUCCCCAUGUUCUACGUCCUCUGGCGCGCAUGGUCCCACUACAAAGCCUACCGCGGCGCGACGUACCUGGAACAGCUGCUCAAACUGGGCUUCAUCGUCGAGACGCCCAGUAAAGACCUCGACGCUAUCUAUGCUAGCGUCGCGUCUGGUAGUGGUGGAGGAAAGGAGAACCAUGCGCCGGACGAGACGACCUCAGAGGGCGUCAAGACGGGCGCGGUCUCCCAAGGCGUACCAGCGCCGAGGAUAAAGGGCGCCGAGGCGGACCUUCCGAAGCAGGCAAAGGGAGAAAGCAAGACUGCGCCGGACGGGACGGCCACUCCGGCGUCUAUGGUCUACUCGGGCUCGUCCUCUAGCUCGGGAACGGCAGUCACGUCAACACCGCCCACGUCGACACAUCACACCGGUCUGCUUCUCACGCUGGAUCAGGUGCCGGAGAUGGCGAGGGUGUUUGGACUGAGGCAGACGGAGAUCAUGGAUGUGAACAGGGCAGUGGAGCAGGCGGCGAAGCGGAUAAGGCAGGCAGUGGCGGCGGAAGUAUCUGGGGCGACGAAGUAA